CGUUUCCAGAGCAAAUGUUUCCGGACGACGUUGUUUUGAGUGCGGACCGCCGGUGGAAAUUCGGUCGAGUCGCGCUCAGACAUCAAUCUCUUGUGGGGCUUUUUCGGCUUUACCGGGACAAAAACAAUGGCUGUUCCAGGUCCCAACAAGGACAACAUCAGAGCUGGGUGCAAGAAAUGCGGAUAUCCGGGCCACUUGACAUUUGAGUGCAGAAAUUUUGUCAGAGUCGACCCCCAGAAAGACAUUGUUCUGGAUGUAAGCAGCACCAGCACUGAGGAGAGUGAAGAGGACGAACCUGCACCUCAGCGCAAAGUAAAGCAAGUGCGAAGUGGCCAGCAUCGCAGACGUUCCCGUGAUGAUAAUGACGACAAUGACGGAAAAGAGAGACACAAACGGAAAAAGAGUGGAAACAGAAAGUCAAGAAAGAGAUCUGCUUCAUCAUCGAGUGACGAGGGGACCACGAAGAAGAAAAAGAAACCUAGCAGGUCCAGCUCCUCAUCCGAUAAAGAGGAGAGGAGGAAGAAAAAGAAGGUGAAAGGCCAAAAGAAGAAAAGUAAGAAGAACAAAAAGGAGCACGGGAAACAUCACAAGAAGAGGCAGAAGAACAGAAAGCAGGAAUCUUCAUCUUCUUCUUCCUCCUCUUCCUCCAGCUCCGGUGAAUCAUCAGACAGUGACUGAGACGGCUUAACCGUGUGGUGUCUGGAGAUCCAACAUGUUUAUUCUCUAGUCAAUGAGAAGUGUUUUGCAGACCAUACAAACGUCAACAAAGAAUCCAAUGAAGAGAAAGGGAUUUGAUAUAUCAGCACCCAGACUAAACUGUACACUUAACACAGACAGGGAAUAUGUUCUGAUAUAGGUUUUUUUUUUGUACUUCAAAGUUAACUCCACUACAGUCCCAUUGUCAUGUCACAUUUGACAGUGUUUGUGCAGUGGAGUCUUCAUUGACAUAAUGCAGUGUCAUACAUGACGAGUAAUGUCAGCGUAAAGUUUUUUAAUUUAAGAAAAAAACUGUUCUGUGUGUACUUGAUUCAUGUAAUAAGUCAAAGUCAAGUUUUACGUCUCUUGAUGCGUUUUUUUUGUGUCCCGUAUACAAUUUGUGUCUUUAAUCUUCUUUUAAAUUCUACCAAACCAUUUGACAUGAGUGGAACAUGAUUCCACUCUCCAACUUCUGUGGAUGACUGGGAAUAAUAGUGCAGGAUCUCGGUGACUGAUUGUUGUAGCUGGCAUUGUUGGAGACGAUAAACAACAAUGAGCCCAUUUCUUUGUCAGGACUGACGACUUGAACUGCUGAUAAGCAUCAGUUGAUCAGUUUGUCUUUAUGUAUGGAAUUUUUUUAAUGUGUACACUGUACUUCUGCUCACAAUGCUUUGUUGCACAAUGAAACCAGUGUAGUCUUCUGGGGAGAAUUUUCUCAUUUAAGCAAUGAUACCUUGUUGAAAAUGCUGUGGACAUUUCCAGUCUUCAUUCCAAAACAUUUAUCCGCGGUGAUGUUGGCAGCUGCAAUUGCCUGAGCCUUUUUAUUUCCUAUUUCCUAUUCACGAUUUCCUAUUGCUUCAGCCGGUCUCUUUGGUCCUCCGCAGUUCCUGUGCUUUGUUUGAAUUAAAUGUGUAUUUGUAUCAAAA